CAGACUUCUUUUGCGCUCCAUGCGCUUCUCAGGCCCCGCCCUCCCCCCUCUCAUCUGCUCCGUCCCCAAACUCUUACAGUUCAGCCUUGAUCGCCGCCUCAUCAUCAACUUCAACCUCCUCAAAACCCUACUCAAAUCCGAAUCCAAUGCUAUAUCUGCUAUAAAAUGCUCUGCCACUCUCCUCGUCUGCAACCUCGAUCGGACCGUUUUCCCCAAACUCAAAAUCCUAGAAGAUUUUGGGGUUCCAACCAAUGUCAUUCUCAAACUCCUUACGACCCAAUCAAAAUCUCUUAUGGACCACCACCAUCGGUUCGAUGAGAUUUUCGAAAUGGUCAAACGGGUUGGGAUCAACCCGAAGAGCCCAUUAUUUGCACACGCCCUCGUGGUGCUUGGUAAAUUGCCUGAGAGAGCAUGGGUGAGAAAAGUUGAAAACUUCAAGGGGCUCGGGUGGACGGAGGAUCAAGUGAUUGUUGCGUUCUCGAAGCAUCCUUACUGCAUGACUGCUUCAAUCGAGAAGAUCAAGAAGAACAUGGAGUUCUUCAGGGAGAGGUUUGGGUGGUCGCCAGAGUACGUGUCGAGGAGUCCGGUGGUGCUCUCGUUUAGUUACGAGAAGAGGGUUUUGCCUAGGUCUCGGGUUUUCAGGGUUUUGGAGGAGAAGGGGUUUUAUGAGGGGAGGAUUGGAGCUAGGCAGCUGAUGAUGGGGGAUAAGGAGUUUCUGAAGAGAUAUGUGUUGAAGUAUUGUGAACAAGUUCCUGAGAUUAUUGAUGAUGACAUUAGGGGUAAGAUUGAGCAUUUUGGGUUGAUUAUAGGAGGUAGUGAGGAGAAUAUUUUAGCCGUUAAUUCAUAAUUUGGUGUUUGUUGACCAUCAAACUUAAUUUUGUGGGUGAUGAGUUUUGGACUUUCUCACUAUUGGAGUCAUUUGUUGCUCACUUUGCAAUAUAUGAAUUAAAACAACGUUUGGUUAGUGUUUUUACUGUUAUACUUUGUAGUCAAGACCGCAUUUUUUGACUCUAAACUAUGUACGACAGCAUCCAAGGGUACUUUUGCUGAGUAAAUUAUUUGUUACAUAUUA